AUGCGUUUUCGUCAUUUCAGCCCACUCAUUUCCCUAUUCGUUGUGCUUUUCUUCAACGAAUUUCUCAUUUAUCAUGUGGCAUUGUUGAGAAAUUGUAGCUGGCCAACGGGAAAUGAGAAUAUUCUACGCUUUUUCAUCGUCUCUGACACACAUCUACUUGGGAUUCAUCGGGGACAUUGGUUCGACAAAUUGAGAAGAGAAUGGCAAAUGUGGAGAGCUUAUCAAACAGCGAUUGGACACUUCUCACCGGAUCUGGUGUUCUUUUUGGGUGAUUUAAUGGACGAGGGUCAUUGGACAGACAAUGAACUUUUUCAUACAUACGCCACACGAUUUGAAUCUCUUUUUGGACCAUUGAUUGGUCCGCCGAAAGUCGUUGUUCUUCCCGGAAAUCAUGAUCUCGGCUUUCAUUAUGCAAUCAAUCCACAACGCGUUACCUGGUUCGGGGAUCGAUUCGGAACAAAAACCAUCGACAGUUUCGUCAUUAAUGGUCAGCCUUUUGUUUUGAUUACAUCAAUGGCAUUGGAAGGAGAUGGAUGCAGAUUAUGUGGUGAAGCUGAAAGAGAUUUGAAACGCCUUGAUCGGCUUUUUCAAUGUGCACAAAAUUCGACUUGCUUUUUGGAAGGCGUCGAGAAAUUCCGACCAUUUCAACAACCAAUACUACUGCAACAUUUUCCACUUUACAGAUCCGAUGACUCAACUUGCAUUCGUGAUGAAGCUUUUGAUUGGAAUGAUCCAACUCGAGAUGAGCUCUUUCGUCCUGGAUGGGAUUGUCUCACAGAAGAUGCGACAGAAAAACUUGUAAAGUGGUUACAUCCCCGAGCCGUUUUUUCUGGACACACGCAUCGAGGAUGUACGAGAAAGAUUACAAUGGGCAAAGAUGUCUUCCCAGAGUACACAGUGAAUUCAUUCUCCUGGAGGAAUGGUCCAAAUCCUUCAUUUCUUAUGGUUGUUCUCAACUCCAAUCAGAUCCUUGUCAACACUUGUUAUCUCCCAAAUGAGAAUUUUGUCAUUUACCUAUAUUUAUUCUCUUUUGUCUCGUUUGAUGCGAUAGACGGUGUCAACGACGGGUUUCCCUUCAAAUUAUUUUGUUUCGGAUUGAUAAAAGCGAUGUCGUUGACAAGAUCCGUGUGUCAAGAGCUGUGCGACUUUAUCCAGGCUAAACCAAGCACCGUUCUUGGCCAGAAGUUCUUCGACCUGCGCACUGUCUUCCAAGCUGAUGUUUCAUACAAAACUGACAAGUUCGAAGCCCGAGUGGUGGCGCUAUCGAAAUUUCGAGUCUUCUUGCUUCAAGGGAAAACGCCUGGAUCGUUAAAAGUUGAUCGCUCAUUUCAUGUGUUAACGAUUCGGAUGAUUCAUGUGAUUUCGGAAGAAGAGUUAGCACUUUCGAUUGAUGAGGGCGGAAGCAGGCGGCGACUCGUUUUACGGGGGAAUUCGGCGAUCACCGUUGCGACGCAUUUUCUUUCAGCUAUUAAGCACUACUUUCCCGAUAUUAGCCCCGUGCUUCGAGUUUUGGUUGACUUGGAGCCAAAAAUGCUUUGGCAAACAUUUGAUGACAUUAAAAUUGAUGUAACUCCACGUCCGUGCCAUUCAUUCCGACGAACAUAUGCAGCUCUCUGCGAUUACUUCGAUCAGCCAUACCGGGAGGAAGUUUCUUGGGAUGUCGAAAAAAUCUACACGAUUAACCAAGUCACCGAUUUGAGGAUUGAGGAUUUCUCUCAUUUGCUGCCAAAAGAUCUUUUGCCAAUUGUUGGCGUUCUGCAGUACUCGUCCUACUUCACUGGACUCACCGCUGAGGGAUUGAAGCUGCCACCUGAUCUCGUUGAUGUAAUUCUCAGCGUUGUUCGUCGCUCACAAUGGCUCACCAAUCUUCGUUUGGUCAAUUGUGCGCUGCCAAAGGAUUUCAUAACAUUAUUCUCAUCAGCAGUCAACCAGAAUCACAACCUGCCAUUAGAAGUGCUGAACUUGUCGAAGAAUAGCUUUGAUGAUAAGAAAGGAUUUCAUGCUCUGUCCGCGUGUAUGAAGCACUUGGUUUCUCUUCGAGAAGUUAACCUCGCCGAUUGCCAACUCACCGACAAAUGUUGCGGACUUCUCUCAGCAGCUCUUUAUGUAUCAUUGACAAACAAAGCUUCAACUUUAAUGCAACUAACUCAUUUGUGUCUUGCGAAGAACGCUCUCGGAGGGGAUGUAUCUGCAUUGGUGAAUCUGGUGUCUUUAUGCAAUUCACUUCGUGUUCUCGAUGUCACCGAUUCACAAUUACCCUUAGAGAAACUCUGGCCAGCACUGAAAUAUGGAGGCCUACAAAUGGAGAAACUCAUUUUGGCGGGCUGUGUCGUUGGACCGAAAAAGAUCACUAGUGAACACGCGCAACCGGUGAAAGAAUUCUUCGCAAUGGCAGUUGGAUUGACAGAGAUUAACCUUUCAAACACGUCGCUUCCACCGGAUAUUCUGAAAGCUCUACUACUUGGAUUAGCAUGCAACCAACAGUUGAAACCAUUCUCCCUGUUAUUGAAUGGAUCGGUUGAGCGUGGAGGAGCGGCGAUCCUCGAGACGGGACUACAAAAUAUAUCGGCAAAGAGUCUCUCGCUCAGGGACAACAAUCUUGAGGCCGACCUCUUGCCAAUUGUCGCGUCAUUAGCUGGAAUGACUCAACUGCAGAAACUAGAUAUCGGUGGCUCGAAUGUGACAGCGUUGAGAAGAAGCGGGAAGCAAACCCACGUGCACACUAUCAAUAAAAUUCUUCUUGAACUUGUGAAAUUGAUUGGCGACGACGGGCACUUGGAAGAACUCAUUCUAUCGGAGGCUCGUCUUGGAGCUCACUUGUCCGUGCUACUGAAUACACUUGGUGCCACGUCAUGCUUGAAAUGCUUGGAUAUUUCUGCAAACGAGAUGGGAAACUUUGGUGCUCGGAUUUUGAGCAAAGCUUUGCAGUUGAAUGUAUCGCUGAGAACUCUUCACAUUGAUGGCAAUCACAUUACAGCUGAUGGAUUCGCUGAUAUUGCUUCAGCCAUGUUGAUGAACUACACCCUCGUCGUGUUGCCUUAUCCAAUUCUCGAUGCAAGCGAGGCUGUUGUACGAUCGGACAAAGCAAAGACAUUGACAGCAUUGGGGCAAAUCGAGACGUGUUUGGAGAGAAACAACUCGUACCAAGCUCCAAACAACGCAAAUUUCCGGCGGGCACUCUUCACGCUUAAUCAUUCAUCUGACGGAAUGUCAUUCGACUCGGUGUGCGCUGCUGAAAAUCUCUUGCGUGACGUCUCUGAUGGGCAACUACCUUUGAAGAUUCGAGCCGAUACAGUGCACUUUGUAGAACAGUUGAAAACCCAGAUGAACAAUCACUUGCGAGAUGCGAUCACGCACGAAGAAGACCAGAACGUGAGCGCCGUGUCUAACAUUGAACAUGUGGCAACGGAACGACUCACCGAACUGCUUUUGAAGGACAUAAACGCUGUUUAUUCUGAAUGGAAAUGGCGAGCGGCGUGCACGGUCGCUGAAGGGAUUCUCCGAUCGGGUGGAUGUGCAACAAGUGGAACUGGAUCAGUUACCGGCUCUUCAUCACAUGGAGGUGGAUCUCCUGGCUCGGCUAUCGCUUCACCACGGGUCAUUCAUCGACAAGAUGGGCACAGACCUAGAAGCAUCGUCGGUGAGCUACAAUCUCCAUUGGAAGAACAUGGGGUUUCCCUCGAAGCCCCUCCCAGACCAUCGGCUCUCGUUCAUUUGGCGAAAGGACGUCCUAAGCCACAAAGACGCACGCCUGCUGUAAACAACGAACACAAUGGCUCAACUCCAUCAAAUGAAAUGUCGCGUAGUGUCUGUGAUGUGGUCUGCGAGAUGGAUGAAGAAGAAAAGAAAGAAGAGAACGGCGAAGAAUUAACCAAAAAACCACUGAGUGAGCGUCCGAUGUUUCGCGCGGCAAUGCUACCCGAGGCUUCUCUCAUCGCUGCCGCUUCACAACUUCGCCCCACGCACGAGAAAGCAUUGGCCAGCCCGAAAUUGAUGCAAAAGAGUGAACAUCGCUCACUUGAGGCCCUCCGUACGCCGAACUCUCCUCGUGAAGAAAGCCCACCGCCAUUGCCAAGAAGAAACAAAGCACUAGAUGGCUCUUCAUCACCGACCACUCCACCCGUUUUGCCACCCAAGCCCAGCUCAGAAGGUCGAUUCACAUUUGGACAAUUGAAGUUCUCCGGCAACGCCAACGGACGAGGAGAUUCGACUGCAUUGGAGCCUCGAGAGCCUUCAACAAUUGCUCCAAUUCUCCGUACGGGAGCUGCUCCAGCACCCCACGUGCCACCACCGCCAUUGGAGGACGACGAGAAUGCGAACAACCGUCGAAGUGUCGCUGAUAUGGCUCGUCUCUUCAAUCGA